GAUAAUGCCAUGGGCGAUCGUUAUUCUCAACUGUAUUACUACAAAAAGAGGCGACAAAAAUUUGCAUGUACAGUUUAUAUUCUAGCACUGGUAUUUCUUAUACUUGCAUUCAUUCAAUGGUUUCUUUUUAAUUAUAUCUCUGAUGUAGCCACCAUAUUCAUUGAUUAUUACUGGAUAGGUAUAAUAUUUUUUGUAAUCGCGUUGAUUUUAAUUAUAGUUUUCGUAUUUUUUGAAAACUUACGUUUUCUAACUCCGUGUAAUUGGAUUUUGGCCUUCCUAAUAAUUGAAUGCUUAAUACUCGGCCUUGCUCCCUUGAUUCCACGUCAGUAUCUGCUUCAUUUUGUAGUCAGUUUCAUUAUUUGGGCUGCGGUUCUGUGGCUUUUCAUAUUAAUAGGGUCAUUUCUACCGCAUGAUUUAACUUUGGACGUAGUCGUGCUUUUCGUUAUCGCUGUGGUGGCCAUUGUAGGGGCUGUUUACUUUCUCAUGCUUUAUAUUGUAAUCAAUGUACCCUAUUCCUUUUUUGUGCAUCGGGGAUUUAUAGUUCUAAGCAUUGUAUUGUUUGUCAUGUAUCAUGCCCAAAUUAUUAAUGGAAAACGCUUUGCCGAGAUGCGUGUACAAGACUAUUUGUUGGGCGCCAUAAUACUUUUUCUUGAUUUUCUGUUAAUGUUUUUAUAUUCAUUCUACUUGGCACCAAAAUGGUCGGACAAGUGCGACACCGAACGAAAUGCUACUAGUUGGAUGGUUAUCAAAGAAAAAGAUGACCAUCGGACAUAUCCAACAAGGGACCCAAAAGCCUUUGAAUAUAUGAUGACUACAUUGGAUUACGAUUAAUUUCCUGUAAUUCAAAUGAAUGCCUGAGCUUCAAAAUUAAAUAAAAAACCCUUGUUAGUUGA